GUUUCAGUCUUUUCAUUGUUCACUGUAUAUAUAUUUGGUCACAGGGCCUUUUAUCGAGAAAGCAAUAUGUCAAUAUUAUUGGGAAGGAAUCUUUCCAAACAGUUGGAAAAUAUGACCACCAUUAAAGAUUCAAACUGUGUCCAGAAUGAAGACUAUGAGGUACUCAAAGCCAUCAGAUCUUGUAAAGGCAUGUGGACAAUCUCCCCAAUUGGGAGGUUUGGCAAUCAGAUGGGGCAAUAUGCAACAUUAUUUGCUUUAGCCAGAUUAAACAGAAAGCAAGCCUACAUUUUCCCAACAAUGGCCAAUUAUCUGUCUCAGAACUUCAAGAUCACGCUCCCCACUCUCACACAAGAUGUUGCGGCCAAGAUUCCUUGGAAAAAAUACCAACUUUCUGACUGGAUGGAAGAAAAGCAUAAAAAAAUCUCAGGGGAUUAUAUAAAAUUCUCAGGAUACCCAGUUUCUUGGACUUUCUACCACCACAUCCGUGAAGAAAUCACGCGUGAAUUUUCUUUUCAUGAGUUAAUUGCAAAGGAAGCCAACUUGUAUUUAUGGAACAUAGCAGCACAACAUCAAAAUGUUACGUACAUUGGUGUUCAUGUUCGAAGAGGAGAUUACGUGCAUGUAAUGCCCCACGUGUGGAAAGGUGUGAUUGGAGAUAAGAGCUACUUGGAACAAGCCAUGUCCUACUUCAGGAAUAAACAUAAGAAUGCUUUAUUCAUAGUGGUAAGCAAUGGAAUCAAAUGGUGUCGGAAGAAUAUAGAUGCCUCUAAAGGGGAUGUCUAUUUCUCAGGAGAUGGGAAUGAAGCAAAGCCGCAGAGAGACUUUGCCAUUCUUGCUCACUGCAACCACACCAUAAUGACCGUUGGUACGUUUGGAUUCUGGGCUGCUUACCUUGCUGGUGGAGAGGUUAUCUACCUUUCAAACUUUACAUUGCCAAAUUCACCUUUCUUAAAGGUGUUUAAGUAUGAGGCAUUCUUUCUGCCGGAAUGGAUUGGAAUUGCUGCUGAUCUUUCACCUCUUCUGGUCAAAAUACCAUAA